AUGUUGGUUUCGAGCUGCGGAUCAACUACCGGGCCACAAUUUUCCUAUUGGCUACCUAGCCCCACCUCAUCCUCUCCGCGGAUCUCUGUUGCGCCUAUUGGCGCGCCCUUAAUCCAACGAAAACCCACGACCACGGACGCAGCAUUUCUAUCCAGGUUUGUACCCACAGCCCUACUGUGCACUCAGAUUUGGCCGUAUAUUUCUUCUCCUUCGAUCCCAGUCAUGUUCUAUGCUUCAUCGAUAUCUUUCAUUCUUCUAAUUCUCGCCCCCUCCUACACUCAGAUCCAAAUAUCUAGGUUGCUCUCCUCUUCAGGACCUAAGUAG